UUAGAUGUAAAUGAUAAAAUAUGUCGUAUUAUUGUGAACAUAUAGUUUUAGUCUAACAUUUGAAAUUGUAAAAAUUGAUGUAAUGAUUCUAAGACAUUGAUUUAAAAUGUGAUAGUCCGGUUUGGACGGGCUUAAUAUUACUAGUGAGCAUGGCGGGGGUUUAAAAAAGAUUCUAAAUUCUAUAAACGUGAAAUACAAAGGCAAAUUUAGUAUUUCAUGAGGCGCGUAGUUGUAUAAGAUAAAUUGAAAAACAAAUUCGGAAAAAUGUGAUAUGUCGAUAAUAUUGGAUUCCAUGUCCUGGUACAGUGUAAACAACUUUGUUUCAUUACUCAUGUUAUAAUCUUAUGUAUUCAGUCAAUUCUAUAUACAAGACCGACGAUUCGAGUUCAUACAUUUUAUUCAAUGGCAAUGUCUGAAAUCAUUAAUUCAUCUUCAAAUACCACGGAGGUGGUUUUUGAAUUCGACGAAAAACUCUGGUCUGCCAAUGUUGUUUUAAAUCUUUUUGGACUUAUACUGAGCAGUUAUGUCACAGCAACAAUGGUCGUACAUCAUUAUGUACGGAAUUCUAGAAAUAAACCAUCCAACAGGGACAUCAGAGAAAGAAGAUUUGCACUAAUAGCAAGAAUUUUGUGCAUUUUGUCGGCCAUAUUUACAGCAACAUUCAGUGCAAGCAAAGCCAUUAUCGAUUUUGUGGAAAAAGACGCAAGGUACAAGACUACCAAACCGUGGGAUUGCAAUAUUCUCUUUAAAGUAGCCAACGCAUCACUCUUGUUUUCGUCUUUUUUGGCAUAUUUAUUUCUGUGGACAAGGCAAAGAGUGUUUUACAUUCAUAAAGCAUUGAGACCACUGAACAGUAAAACACUGACCGUGACUAGUUAUGUCAUUCUGGUAUUGUGGAUUCUAUAUAGCGUUACAUCGAUAGUCGCAAUCGCCAUCUUGCCCAGGUACGAUUACGAGGUCGGAGUUGGUUGCCGGUUAGAUAUCGACUCCAGUACUUCUCUACGAAUCAUAUCGUCAUCAUUCGUCGUAGUUACUGCCUUGAUGCAAGUUUGCCUGCUUGUUCUUUUUAUCUACCCGAUUGUUAAACGAUCAAUUAUAUCCUCACAAAUGUCUCGAAGAAGAUCAGGGAAGUCUCCGGGAUCAGAAAAUAGUCCAUUGACAAGAAUAAUGUGGCGAGUGAAAAAAGCAAUUGCUCUUUCUGUGGUAUGCAUUGUCACGGAUAUCGCUGCCCCCGUUAUUGCAACUUUAACUUAUUCAAGUGACAAAACCACUUUUACGCCACCUUAUGUCAUAAGCUUGACUGUCAAUAUGAUGUGUUUAAUCUUCUGUUUUGACAAUUGGCACACAAUGCUUGUGCCAUGUAUGAUCAAGCCCGGACCGGAGAGGAAACUCGCGAAACUAGCAUCAACGCAGAACACGUCACAAAGAACAAGCAGAAAUUCAAAAGAUACUUUGUCAUCCAUUUAAAAUUGGCAGAUCAUAUAAAUAAAUUCAAAUCC